AUGGCGUCCUACGGCACGGGCAGGGUCAACGUCUCGCAGUACCUGCGGAACCUCAACGUGCAGGGACCCUCGGUCGAGGAGACGUUGACCGACGAAGACCUUGAGAAGGACCUUGCGCUCUUCACAAACACUCAGUUCUUCGACUUCGAGACUGGUCAGCACACGGAUUACCAGGCGCCGCCCGUCAAGCCCGAGGUCACGAAGUCGCCCGCCGAAGACGUGACAUCCACCGAUUCCAUCAUUGGCGAUUUUGCAGCCGGUUUUGACUUUUCGAUACCAGGUUCGUUGCAACUUCACUGCGACUUCAGUUUCGGGGACUACACCAGCACCUUCACCUCGCCGACGAUCCCGGCGUUUCCAAACGGCUUGGGCAGCCUGCCGCCCAUCCAGCCCAGCCCGCAGACGGCCUAUCCGUCGCCCAUUUCGCCGCAUCACCAGCAGCCGGCGGCACCAGGGUAUGUACCAUCGCCCGCGGCCAGCGCUCAAGUUGGAGGAUCGGGAGGAGCCGCUGGGUCGAAACGCAAAGCUGAAACACCACUUAGCGGGCCACAUGCCAAUGGCGUCCCCGUCCCACACGCAGCUCCUAACGGACGGGUCCUGAGCUUCGAGGAGGCGUCCCGGCUGGCGGCCGAGGAGGAUAAGCGGAAGCGCAACACGGCGGCAAGCGCGCGGUUCCGCAUCAAGAAGAAGCAGCGCGAGCAGGAGCUGGAGAAGCGGUCCAAGGAGAUGGCGGAGAAGGUGACGAUGCUCGAGGGCCGCAUUUCGGCACUCGAGACGGAGAACAAGUGGCUCAAGAGCCUGGUCACGGAGAAGCAUGGCGGGCGCGAGGACAUACUCCAGAAGCUGCUCAAGGAGAUGGCCGCGCAGGAGGCGGGGAAGAAGGAGGAAGGGAAUUCCGGCUCGGGGAACAAGGACUGA